AUGGCUCUGAGUGUUUUCCGUCACAGCCUGGGCUGCCGGUUGUUGAACAGCAAAGUUUUGCGGAACCAGGCCGUCGGCCUUACCCACAGCCUCACGCGGGGGGAGGCCGGGCCCGGGCACGCGCUGACACCGCACGGGCUGCACUGCUACCUGAGACAGGUGAACGUGAGUCAGUGUCACACGGGCAGAACAACACAAUGGCUGAGUCCACAGCACCCCAGAGGACUUUCCUCAUUGCCUCCUCCCCCAGCAUCAGAGGACAAGCCCAAGAAGUCCGGGCCCGUUACGUGGAAAUCGUUAGCCAUAACCUUUGCUAUGGGAGGCGCCUUGCUGGGAGGGAUGAAGUAUUUCAAGAAAGAAAAGGAGGAACUGAUUGAAAAAGAGCGGAACAAGUCCAUCGGGAAGCCGGCGCUGGGCGGCCCCUUCUCGCUGGUCGACCACAACAACAAACCGGCCACCAGCGAGGACUUCUUUGGCCGGUGGAUCCUCAUCUACUUCGGGUUCACGCACUGCCCCGACAUCUGCCCGGACGAGAUCGAGAAAAUGAUCGAAGUGGUGGACGAAAUCGACAAAAUCAAGUCUCUUCCGGACCUGACGCCCAUCCUCAUCACCAUCGAUCCGGACAGGGACACCCCAGAGGCCAUGGCUACAUAUGUGGAUCACACCAUCAUCAUGUACCUGGUGGGGCCUGAUGGAGAGUUCGUGGAGUACUUCGGACAGAACAAAAGAAGCUCGGAGAUCUCCGCCUCCAUAGCCGCACACAUGAGGAAGUACAAGAAGAACGAGGACUUCUUCGGCCAGUGGAUCCUCAUCUACUUCGGGUUCACACACUGCCCCGACAUCUGCCCGGACGAGAUCGAGAAAAUGAUCGAAGUAGUGGAUGAAAUCGGUAACCUGACUUUGCAUUUUAGUCCAAACGCUGACAAAAUCAAGUCUCUUCCAGACCUGACGCCCAUCCUCAUCACCAUCGAUCCGGACAGGGACACCCCAGAGGCCAUGGCCACAUAUGUGGAUCACACCAUCAUCAUGUACCUGGUGGGGCCUGAUGGAGAGUUCGUGGAGUACUUCGGACAGAACAAAAGAAGCUCGGAGAUCUCCGCCUCCAUAGCCGCACACAUGAGGAAGUACAAGAAGAAGUGA